AGUUGAGAAGUUUUUUGACGUUUCUGUGUCCGCACCCAACUCUCAAAGCAAAGUAACGGCAGCCGCGGCUUCUUCUGAAUCUCAUUUCGUUAACGACAGUCAAACCAACAGUUAUGAAGAGCGGAACCGAUAAAGUGGUGAUCGUAUUGUUUGGAAUCUCUGUUGUGUUGUUGUGUCGAAGGCGUCGACAAAAGCACUCAAAUCAUACCAACAAUUGUCUGACAGACGGCACGGAACUCGAAAAAUUGACUCCAAAUACAGAACCAUCUCUUCGGGUGAAUCCGAUUCAAAAGCCUCCGAGACUUGCGAUGAAUAACUAUAGUUCAGAUAAAGAGAUACCACAGGUUUGGCUCAUAAAACACAACAUUAACGGCAACUCAAACGUCUCUCACCAUCAAAAUUAUGCAGAAAGUGAUUAUUCAACGCAACUGUUA